AUGUCUCUCUCAUACAACGAUUUGGAUCUCCCAGUGACUCUCAAGAUUUACGAGAAGUUCAUCAAAAGAGCGAAAGAAGAGCAGCACAGUACGGGCACCCAGAACUUCAAGAUCAAAGAGAAGGAGAUCAUGAGUUUUGCCGAAAAGCACUACAAUCGACUUGAGCUUGAAGGACGAUAUACAUGGAAUGGGAGUUGCAAAGGGUUCAAAGAGUUCGACGACUAUCUCAUCAAUGUGACCGGAGCGACAGAGGCAGAUGAUGCUAGACGCGAUGGCUGGCGACAUGAUGUUCGAAAGACCGUAUCCUCGCCGACGCCGCACAGGUCUACCCAGAGUAGUCGCAUUCAGCAGGGCUCGAAACAUCCUGCGCGAAACCUAGAGUCUGAAGACAGCUCCGAGACAGAGAAAGAAAGUGACGAGGAUUCUGAGAAUGAAGCCAAGGGUGGAAGGAUAUCAGAGAAAAAAGCUACCCCCAGCACUGUUGGAGGUCAAUCUCUUGCUGCCGCUGGAGCGUCCGUUGAUAUGGAACAGUACCAACAAUUCCUCAAGUUUCAAAAGAUGAUGUCCAGUGGUGGCAAAUGA